AUGUCUACUAUCAACAUAGUCAAAUGUUACUUCUACAAAAAUCAUCUCCCUCGAGACCCGGCGAGACUGCGCGCACUGGUUGCUCUUGCCUACCAAACCGCGAGGGACAGAAAACUGUACCCAAAGGCUAUCUUGAUCCGGUCGGAGCUCCAUGACACGACCAGUUUUCAGGGGAAACGUCAGAAGGAUCCAUUAGGCUGGCAUGUUACCCUUUGUUACAAAGACGAGGAGCAGUUGGGUAAAGGUGUGCAUGUUGCUAGUCACGGCUAUGUUCAAGGGAAAGAUAAUCUAGAAUUUGUGGGAGCAACGCACGCCGGAGAGAAGCUGGAUUCUUGGAUGAAGGGCGAUGGGAAUGUGGUUUGGCCAGCUGAAGAAGAGUUAGAAGCGGCUCCUGACAUCGGGUAUGGACACCCCUUUGAAGAGGACGACAAAGGCAAAAACCAACUGUAA